AUGAAUAUCCAGUCAGUUAUCAACAGGGAAGUGUUUUCCCCCCGGGAUGAGAGGAUACUAGUGGCUGUGGAGGUUAAGAGGAGAAAAAGGAAAAAGGUUCCCUUUCUGCCCACUGGAGGCAAGGGAGAAUAUAUGACAUACAUCUGUCUGUCAGUGACCAAUAAGAGGCCAGCCCAGCUCCUCAUCACCAAGGUCAAGCAGUUUGGAGGCUCUGCCCCCUUCACCAGGAGGUCACAGUGGAGCGUGGAGCAGCUCCGCCAGGUCGAUGGUAUCGACCCCAACAAGGACUGCCCAGAGUUUGACCUGGUGUUCGACAACGCCUUUGACCAAUGGGUGGCCAGCUCAGCGGCAGAGAAGUGCAUCUUCAUCCAGAUCAUGUACCACGCCUGUCAGACCUACUGGGAGGGCAAGGAGCGGGUCCCCGGUGGCCUGGGUAGCCCAGCUGGAGACCAGCAGAAUGACCAGAGAGCUAGUCCAGGGGCCCAGGCUAGACGGAAGAGCACAGUGGGUCCCAGGCCCCGCCAGACUGAAUUUGUCAACUGUCAGUCCAAACUCACAGGAGAUGCCUGCACUGUGAAUCUGGUCAUCUACCGUUGCAAGGUCUUCUUCAACCGCAUGAAGAAGGUGAUGGUUUCAAAACAAAGCAGUCCUCAGGCUGGAGGUCACAGAGCAAGUCCCAGUGGGCAGCGCCCCCCAGGGGGCAGUAUGGCUAGUGUAGUCAAGAGGGCAAGCCAGGCCCUGCAGGAGCGUGGGGAGAGACUGGGCCGUGCCGAGGACAAGACAGUAGACCUGAUGCACAAAGCCCAGCAGUUUGCAGACACUGCCCACAAGCUGGCUCUGAAGUAUUCAAACUAG